AAUGCACGGCUGCAGAUAAGCGCCUGGUGACGCACACGACUGUUGUAACCUUCUCUCCCAGGACGGAGGACUCAGCCAGUUGUACUCAGUAGUUCGUCAGUCAGUGGGUGACCUAGAACGGCGGAGAGAUGUCACCUUCUACUGUUGUCCUUGUGUUGGCCCUGGCUACUCUUCUGACAAGCACUGUCGACUCUACUGUGGUCAGGAAUUGUAGAGGAAAACCCAAGACACAGUCCACUUCAGUAGACAUCAGCGCUUGUGAAAAAGCCCCUUGCAUUCUCAGAAAAGGCACAACAGCUUCCAUACAAAUCAAAUUUACACCAGACCGCGACAUAAGCCAGCUGAGGAAUCGCGUGUACGCCGUACUGGUUGGCAUCCCUCUGCCCUUCAUAGGGGUGGAUGGCUCGGACUCCUGCCCUAACAUCCAAAACGUGGACGGUUCUCCUGCAGGAUGUCCUCUGAAGGCCGGAACAGAGUACGUGUACAAGAACAGCUUCGAUGUCCUCUCUGUGUAUCCAAAUGUCAGCCCUCUUGUACACUGGUCACUACAGGACGGUUCAGAUGAUGUCGUCUGCUUCGAAAUCCAAUCAAGGAUAACUAAGUAAAAUUCCGACAACCAUUGCGCUUAAUUUUUGUAUUAUAUGUGUAUUAAACAAUAAAUAUUUUUUCUGUA